GGGGGCGGGCUGCCGAUCCCUGACCUCGGAAGCGGAAGUCGUGGCGGCGGUGACGUCCGGCCGGGGAAGGAGCAGUGGUUGAAGUUGCGGGUCGGGGAGUGGGUCCGGCUGAGGCGCCCUCGGCGGCAGCGACCGCGCCGGACGAUGAGGCGGGCAGAGAUGAAGCACAGGAAAUCAUCAUCUCCAAAGGUAGACAAGCUCAAACCAGACUGUCUGAUACUAGAGGUGAAGAAAAUUAUUAUAGUGGACUAGAAGUUGUAACUGAAUGCAAAGACGGUAUAUGAUAUAUUCUGGAAAAGUCCAAUGGCUGUGCAUCAGGAGGAUUACUUCCAAGUUAAGUGCUCUUUUUCUCCAAUAUAUACAGUGUAUACGAAAGACUGUUCUUAUUUGCAAGCCUCCCUGCUAUAGGCAGCUGCAGCAUUAAAAUAGCAUGCUAUAACCUGUGAUUUCCUGUAUUUUUGUCACCCUUUCUGUCAGCAUCCAGGUCCUCUCAAGCUUCCCUUUGUAAGCCUGCAUAUAUUUGAGAUUGAAUAUUUAAAUCAUGAUUGAAUUUUAUAGUGUGAAACUAGGAUAUAUUAAGGUAACCAGAUAGCUGUUCUGCCUCAGUUUCUAUUACUGGUAAACAGAAGCACUAGGCAAAAAUCAACCUUUCUUUUUCACCUCUCCUACAAGUGCUGGUCUUGUGGAGACUUUCUGUUAGGCUUUUCAGUCGGAAUAGAUUUGUUCAACUUUUGAAAAGUAACUUUAACUCUUAGCUGAGUUAAUUAAAUGAGUUUUGCAGUAUUGUUAGAAAAUUUGCUAAUAUUGUUUAUCUAGCCUGCUAACAUUACUUUAAGGGCUUCAUCUUAGAAUAUGCCUAUGACAUAUCUUACAUUCUGACUGAAGGACUGACUGAGCAAUUAGGGAACAUCAAAAGUCUAGAUACAUUCUUCUCCCUUUCCCUCCCUGUUUCCCACCUGUGAUUUCUGUGGCAUCCAGUUAGUCACAAAAAAUAAACACAUAUAGGAGAACUGUAGCAGGUGCUCUCCAUAAUUCAACACAGAGUCUUUCUGUGUUAAGACAUUAUACUGUAAACUGACUGAAAGAUUAUCUUACAUAAACUAAAAUGUUAGGUUAGUAGUAUUUAGUACGAUAUGUAUAGCUUCUUAACCAGCCCAGCAAUAGGGAAAAACUACAACCAAAAACCAAAAAGAUUUCUUUUAGUCUUACAGUAUGCUAAGCACGCAUGAACUUCAAGAAGUGUUGAGGAUUUAAGGAAUACCUUAUCACUUGCUGAAUUACUAUGUUAGUUUUCUUUCUUAUGUCCUUUAAAUGGAAAUCUAGUUCUGCUUGUAUCAUCUUCUGCUGUUCAGGUCAAAUAAGGUAUGUUUGGAAGGCCUACUACUUUUUUGGACUCCACAGAAAUCAUGGUUUGUAGCGUUCUUGGAAGUGAGCUUGUAUUCACUUAGUUUAAAGUCUUUCAGGCCUCUGUGCUUGUAUGACAAACCAUCAUUUUCUAUGUUUGUGAUCUUUCAAAUAGUAUUGGAAGGAUGCACACAGGAACCUAGGAGAAACUUGUAUCUUAGUUUUCCAGCUAACAAAGCUUUCAAGAAGAUGUGAAGUAACAGACAUGAUCUGAUUCAAGCCUGGAAAUAGAUGGAGUUAGCAGUGUUUCACACAGUUGGAAAAAACACCUCAGUAGUCCUGUAGCUGCUCAUUAGUGCAAGGUUGUCAGCCUUACUUAAAUGAAAAGAUUGCAUUUGUAUAGUUUAUCCUUCCUGCUAAUUAACGUAUUAAACACACAAACUAUGUGUGUGUUUUUUUUUUUCUUCUUCCCCAAAGCUGCCCUUAAUGUUAUGGGGAGGGGUUGCUUUUUGAUAGCAAGAAAUUGAAUUUGCUUUACAGAAACCCUAAUUUUACUUUCCAUUGCUUCACUACUGGCAUGCUGGAUGAAACAUUGCAGCAUGGUAAUACAUGACUAUAUGAAGUUCUACUUUUAGGAUCAAGAUGCUUUGUCUAUGUUACUUUACUUAGUUUUAGGAUUAAGAUGCAUUGGCUUUGCAGCUCUGAUAGCAAAAGAUUUUGGUUUUGUUUUGUUAUAAAACAGAAGUAAUCUAACUUACAGCAGCAGUAUCACAGACUAGUAUAGCGCUUUGGUAGUUUUGCAUAUCUUACCAAAAUUAAAAUAGGAAGCUGUGGACAACUGAAACUAACAUGGCUUAUAAAAUCAGUUGUGGGUAUCAGUCUACAAAUAGCAGUCCUUGAUGUAUAUGAGGUAGACAUUCACAAAAGUUUUUAAUAGUCUUAAGAUUUUUAUCACCUUUUUGUUUUUUAGCAGUGGUUCUUAGUUAUGGAUCUGUUCCUCUGUAGUGAAUGUCUUGUCACAAAAGCAUUUUUGGAGCCUCUUUCAUCUUGUAAGGAAUUCAGUAAAAUUGUAUGACACAGGAUUUACUUGGAGUAAAAGAUCACUGACUACUACAAUGGAAAAGUCAUGGAUGCUUUGGACCUUUGCUGAGAGAUGGCUACUAGCUUUGGCUUCCUGGUCUUGGGGUCUCUGCCGUAUUUCUCUUUUACCUUUGAUAGUAACUUUUCACUUGUAUGGAGGCAUUAUACUACUUAUAUUAAUAUUUGUAUCAAUAGCAGGUAUAUUAUAUAAAUUCCAGGAUGUGCUGCUUUACUUUCCUGAACAGCCAUCUUCAUCACGCCUUUAUGUUCCUAUGCCUACUGGUAUACCACAUGAAAACAUCUUCAUCAAAACCAAAGAUGGAGUUCUUCUCAAUCUUAUUCUGCUGAGAUACACAGGGGACAAUGCAGCAUAUUCUCCAACCAUCAUUUACUUUCAUGGGAAUGCAGGCAACAUUGGCCACAGGUUGCCAAAUGCUUUGUUAAUGCUGGUAAACCUGAAAGUAAACUUACUCCUUGUUGAUUAUAGAGGGUAUGGAAAAAGUGAAGGAGAAGCAAGUGAAGAAGGUUUGUACUUAGAUUCCAAGGCUGUGUUAGACUAUGUGAUGACUAGGUCUGAUCUUGAUAAAACAAAAAUUUUUCUUUUUGGCCGUUCCUUGGGGGGAGCAGUAGCUAUUCAUUUAGCUUCUGAAAAUUCCCACAGAAUUUCUGCCAUCAUGGUGGAGAACACCUUUCUUAGCAUCCCGCAUAUGGCCAGCACUUUGUUUUCUUUCUUUCCAAUGAGAUAUCUUCCUUUAUGGUGCUACAAAAAUAAAUUUCUGUCCUACAGAAAAAUCUCUCAGUGCAGAAUGCCUUCUCUCUUCAUCUCUGGGUUGUCUGACCAGUUAAUUCCACCAGUUAUGAUGAAGCAACUUUACGAAUUAUCCCCAGCUCGGACUAAGAGAUUGGCGAUUUUUCCUGAUGGAACUCAUAAUGACACUUGGCAGUGCCAAGGGUAUUUCACUGCACUUGAACAGUUCAUCAAAGAAGUAAUAAAGAGUCACUCCCCUGAAGAAAUGGCGAAAACAUCAUCUAAUGUAACAAUAAUAUAACUGAUAUUCUUUUUUUUUGGGGGGGGGGGGGGGAAAUACCUGCACUGUACCUUGAUUUGUGAAAAGUGGUAAAAGAAUGUCCAUUUUUAAAUGUAUAUCAUGUCUGUACUUGCCUAAAGAGUGAAAUUAAACUUGGAAAGGUCUAAUACUUUA